AUGAGUCCUCAAGCAUCAUUCACCGACAAGCUCGCCCUCGGCGAAGCAAAGAGAGGCGAGAACAAGCGCAGAGUCAUCGUCACAGGUGGUAGUGGCAAGCUCGGUCGUUCAACAGUCAGAUACCUUGCCGACGAGGGCUGGGAGGUCAUCUCAGUCGAUACUCGUCGCCCUCCUGGUAUCAGCGAGGAUGGCAAGUCGGGUCUCGGUGGCGCCUACCGCCUGGUCGAGAUCGACUUGGAGGAUAUGGGUGCUGUCUUGGAGACAUUCCUGACGACUGACAUGGCAUACAGCGGUAUCGACGCCGUCGUCCACUUGGCCGCCAUCCCCUCUCCCGGACAAACCAACAGCUCGAGACAAUUCCGCACCAACACCAUGAGCACGUAUAACGUCCUCGAAGCCUGCCGCAAGCUCAAGAUCAAGAACGUCGUGCUUGCGUCAUCGGAAACACUGAUUGGUAUUCCCUUCGACCCUCAUAUGCCAGAGUCGCUGCCCAUCACAGAAGAGCAUGAAAGAAGACCCGAGUCAGCAUAUUCGCUGUCCAAGUUGAUGGGCGAGACCAUGGCCGAGCAAUACGCAAGAUGGGACCCCGAAGUCAAGAUCAUCUCGCUCAGAUUCAGCAACGUCAUGCUGCCGGAGGAGUACAAGACUUUCGAGGCAUGGCAGGAUGACCCGAUGAAGCGUUACUGGAACUGCUGGGGUUACAUUGACGCAAGAGAUGGUGGCCAGGCUGUUUCCAAGUCGUUGGACAGCAAGACCAAAGGUCAUCACCAGUACCUCAUUGCUGCUGAGGACACCUGCAUGAGACAAUCGAAUGACGAGCUUGUCAAGAAGGCCUUCCCUGGCGUCAAGUACAAUGCUACUUCAGGGUCCAACGAUACCCUGCUUUCUAUUGAGAAGGCUAAGAAGGAGAUCGGCUUCAAGCCAGCAUACAAGUGGCAGGACCAGUUGUAG